GGCAGAGCUCAGACAGCGGCCACUCUCCUGGACGUCAACACGUCGCUCAGUGGCUUCCAGCUCACGCGUCAGCCGCUACUCUUACGAGACAAGUCGGAGGUGUUUACCGGACCCACGCGUGGACUCUUAUUCCUUGGAUCUAUUCGCUAUGGUUCAGAUUUAAUGCCGGUUUUCCAGUGUGCGACUCCACGGUCGUGACUCCCACGGGCGCGGUGCGGCGGAGUUGGCGCACUGCUGGGCACCGCUUCUCCUUCAGCUGAUCCCGCUCUGUCACUCGCACCAUCGGAACCGUCUGGCUCUGAAUAUGCUGCUGUCAAAGUUUGGCUCAUUUUCGCACAUUUGCAACCCCACCACCAUGGAUCAUCUCCCCGUGAAAAUCCAGCUUCAGCCGGUGAAACAGGAGAAGGAGCCCUUUGAGAAGGUUUACCAAGUCGGCUCUGUUUUGGGAAGCGGCGGAUUUGGGACGGUGUACGCCGGCAGUCGGGUGUCAGACGGCGCGCCGGUUGCUGUGAAGCAUGUUGCCAAGGAGCGAGUGACCGAGUGGGGCACACUGAACGGAACCAUGGUGCCGUUAGAGAUCUUGCUUUUAAAGAAGGUCAGCUCGACGUUUCGGGGAGUUAUCAAACUGCUGGACUAUUACGAGCGAGCGGACGGUUGGCUCAUCGUCAUGGAGCGACCGGAGCUCGUCAAGGACCUUUUCGACUUCAUCACCGAGAAGGGCGCGCUGGACGAGGACACUGCGCGGGGCUUCUUCCGCCAGGUGCUGGAGGCGGUCCGCCACUGCUACAGCUGCGGGGUGGUGCACCGGGACAUCAAGGACGAGAACCUGCUGGUGGAUCUCCGCACGGGGGAGCUCAAGCUGAUCGACUUUGGCUCGGGGGCCAUCCUGAAGGACACCGUCUACACCGACUUCGACGGGACGAGAGUGUACAGCCCUCCCGAAUGGAUCCGCUUCCAUCGCUACCACGGUCGCUCGGCAACGGUGUGGUCGUUAGGUGUGCUCCUGUACGACAUGGUGUGCGGAGACAUCCCCUUUGAGCAGGAUGAGGAGAUUCUCCGGGGGCGGCUGUACUUCAGGAGGAGGGUUUCAGCUGAGUGCCAGCAGCUGAUCAAAUGGUGCCUGGCCCUGCGGCCGUCGGACCGGCCCACACUGGAGCAGAUCUGCGACCACCCUUGGAUGAGGAUGAGCGCCACAACGCCGCCUGAGUCGCCCCAGACACCGGAGGACCCUUCAAGCAGCGACGAGAUCCGCCUCAGGACCAUCGACACAGACUCUUCGUCAAGCACAACCUCGAGCAAGGAGAGCCUCUGAUGGACUCUGAAUAAGACUUCAUGGGACGGGGGGGGGGGUCAUACUGGAGCCACCGAGCUCGCAACUUUAUUUUCCUCUUUUGUAGGGAAUUAUUUAUAACACACCCCCUUCUUGGUUUCAUUUCACUCGUUUCCUAACUGGGAACUUUUUUUUUUCCGUUUGCUGUACGGGCAGUCUUACCAGCGUUAUUUAUUGCCCCCCCCCCAUCCAUCCCUUACCCCUCCUAUUAACUUCUGAGCUGCUGGCGAGGCCUUCCUGCUCAGACACGGCUGCUCUCAUAGAGCUCGGAGAUGAACAUUUUAUUUAAACGUUUUGAUUUUGGAGUGCCUUUUUUUUGGAACGCUGCUUUUUUUUUUCCUCGUGUGGGUGGGGUUAUCUCAAACCAUUUUUUUUUUUAAAUGGGAGGGGGGUUCCACUCUGAUGGAAGGAGGUCAGCGCUGAAAAGCCAACCAGCCCCCGACCAAGAGGCUACAAUAGCAUUAGAAUAGAAAAACAAUGGGGGAGUUUACGGGGAGGUGGGAGGGGGGGAAUCUAUAACAAUGGAAUACUUGAAACACACCCGACUCUACUCUGUAUCACUCUCUUUGAAGCUGCUCUCUCACUCUAUAGCCUGAACAGGUGUUUUUCAGAAACUGGAUCCUGUCUCCUCUGAAUGUCUAACACACACACACACCUCCACCCCUCUGCUGCCCUCGCUCCUCAGGGGAGGGGGCGACCUCUGCUCUCCCGCCAUCUCACUGCUCUACACUACGUGGCCCCACCCCUCUGGCCUCCCUCUAUUUGGGGGAGUUCGGGGUGUGAAAUGCACAAUCAAUGCAAUAUUCAUACUUUUUAUUUUAAAAUAUUGUACAGCGUGGAUUUACUCUUGUGUGUAUAUUUUCCCUUCUAUUUGCAUUUUUAAUUUAUUUGUACACAUGUAGACAUUCCACACUCUGUGGUUAUUUAUUUAUUUAUUGUCUAUGCUUAAACCCCCUGUUUUAUUUAAAUUUUUCUUUUUUUUCACAUUUCCUUUUUGGCCUUUUUAUUUUGCAUUCCUACACCCCCCCCUUUUUUAACUUAUCGACAAAAUUAUGGAGAAUGUGGAGGAUGCACUGACGCAGUUGUCGAUAAAAAGCAGAAUAAAAUAAGUUUACUUCAUUUUUCCAGAAAGAGCAAUUGAAUGUUAUUUACCUACUUAUUGAAAAGAUGUUCUGACGGCGUCCAUCCCAUCCCAUUUCGUGGGAACGUUCGAGAGUUCAUUUCGACACGCGGCCUCACGACUCCUCAGAUUUUUGUUUCAAUUUGGCUGUUUAUGGCUGUGAGGAUGGAUAUUGCUAUUUUUUGAUACAAAAGUUUCAAUUAAACUCCUGUUUUUAUGU